UGUUGAAAUUCUAUAUAAGAAAAGCAAUACUUUUUCUUCUCCCUUGCGGGUACAGCAUCGAUCAUAUGCUUGAAAACAGGGGUUAAGCAAGAACUCAGAAAUGAAUCACGGAAUUAUCUCAGCCGGAACCCAAGCUAGCUUACAUAUCUGCAAAUCACCCAAUAUCUCAGCCACAAAGUCCAUGUUUGAUCCUUCUUCUCACCUAACCUUCACUACCCAUUUCCCAGAAUCAAGCUUUUCUCUCAAAACUCAUUCCAAAUCUGUUAGAGCCAGUCCAAUUAAGGCCGCUGUGGCUGAUAGCGUCUAUGUUAACCCAGAGACUGUGAGUUUCUACGAUCUGUUAGGCAUCUCAGAGAGUGUUCCGCUCUCAGAAAUCAAGAAAGCUUAUAAGCAACUGGCAAGGAAGUACCAUCCUGAUGUGUCACCGCAGGAACAUACAGAGGAGUAUACCAAGAGGUUUAUUGAGGUUCAGGAGGCUUAUGAGACCUUGUCCGACCCCAAAAGAAGAGCUCUGUAUGACAGAGGCUUGCAUAUGGCUCUCUUUGCCGGAAAACAAUUCCACUACAACAUGGUUAGGGAAGGGAGAGGUGACUGGAAAGAGCAAUGGGAGUCUCAGCUCACAGAGUUAGAGAGAGAAAGGAACUGCAAUGAGGAGCUGAGAGAGAACAUGUCUUGGGGAGCUAGGAUGCGUAGGCAAAGAAGUGAAAGAUAUAAUUAAGAAAUUAUUAAUUGCAAUAACAGGCUCUGUAAUCCCUGUUUGGUCCAAAGCUAAGCUAGGAGGCUCUACUACGAUGGACUACAACUAGACAACAGCAGAACACUUCCUGAUCGAGCUCUCAUCAGAGUUAAAACUCAUAUAAUCUCAGUCUCCAAAACGAUUUCAGUAACAUGAAGCUAGCUUAUCAGAUUUGUGGGAUAUAUCCGAAUGGAUUCACACAGCCCUCUGUCAGUCCCUACCUACAACUUGAGGCUGGGUCGGGAAUUUGCAAUUAUAGUUGAAAACUAGUUUGGUGAUUUGAGUCUUUGCCUGUGCUACCAACCACCAAGUUAAUGAGUUUAUUGUAAAGGGGGAGAUAAAAACUUGUAUCUGAAUAAAUUGCAUGCACAUUCCAAGAAAUAUAAUUGUAUUUGUGAAUGCUAACUUCCAAUUACUUUCUCCAAA